ACCAAGCACUGAGCGUUCAGCACCGCGAGCGGAGGACAGCUCCCGACCUCCGAGAAAAACACAGCAGACCGCAGCAGAAGCGCUUUAGCCAACCUCAUCUACAUCCACACGACCAACCGAGUGCUGUGGCCAUGUACGAUGGGGCGAGGGUUCCCUCCCCUGAGGACGCUGCUAACGGGGUCCCGCUGCAGCCCGAGACCCCCGCGGCCACACGUCCCAAAGUUAACGAGGAGCUGGAGGAGGAAGAGAGCGUCCCGCCUGAGCCCGUCCUGGUGAAAAAGGCUCACCGUGAGAUUCUGGACCAUGAGAGGAAGAGGAGAGUGGAGCUGAAAUGCAUGGAGCUUCAGGAGAUGAUGGAGGAACAGGGGUAUUCCGAAGAAGAAAUCCGGCAGAAGGUUGGAACGUUUCGACAGAUGCUGAUGGAGAAGGAGGGUGUGAUAACUCGAGAAGGCUUGCACCCACGUCCACCGGUCAGACUGCUUCCUCACGGGGAUGAAGAUCACGUGGAAAAUGCUGCAUACAUUGACGGCUAUGAGGAAGACUGUGAUUGGGAUGGAGAAUAUUGCGAACAAGAUUCAACUGCCUAUGAUGACUGCAGAUCCAAGAGGAAAUCCAGCAGUUCACCUUCCCCUCGGCCAAAGAAGAGGAAAAAGAAGAAGGCAAGAAGACACAGUCGAGCUGACAGCCCGUCUCCAACCCGCAGAGACAAGAGGAAGAAGAGCGGAAAGAAACACAAAAGAGACAGGUCCACAUCUGGCUCAAGGAGGAAGAGGAGACACAGAUCUGGGAGCCCCAAAAACAAACACAAAGACAAGAACAAACAGAAGAAGAGGUGUUCAGUGGAGUCUCCCAGCAGGAGUUCUCAGCACAGAGGCAGCUGCUGUAGUUCCCGCAGCGGAUCCGUCUCCUCCACCGCCAGCGUCUCCAAAUCACCCAGCAGAUCAAAUGCAAAGUGCAGGAACGACAGGCACAAACAGGAAGGAAGUCACUCCAGCCACAGCCCACCGCCGUCCCCCAGCGCUGACCAGCCAAUCACGUGGCAGAAUGGAAACCACAGCGUCCGUGUCCGCAACGGCAAAGAUUCUGGAGCCAAUCACACGGAAGGGAAUAAAGGGAACGAUAAGCUUCGGUCUUUGGCUCCGUCUCCUUCGAGCGCACAGACGCACGCGUCGCCUCAUCUAAGAGGUGCUAAACACCACGCCGACCGUCCCAAGAGCCCCGGAGGACCCGCGGCGCAGACGGGAGAGGACGGUUGCGCAGACGACAGGCCGGCGAUGGGCAAACCUCUCUCAGAGUCAUCGGGGAGACGCGGAGGGAGGCCGAAGGUUCGAGAGAAGACGUCGCACUCGCCCGCGCACAGCAGCGACACUGAGUCGCACGUCAAAAACAAGAAUCAGAAGAAAACGAAAGGCUCUCAUUCGUCUAAGCGGCACCAUCGCGGACGCGGUCAGAAUCGCCACCGGAGUUCCUCUGUGUCACCGGGUCGGCACAAACACACGUCCAAGAAGAAGAAGAGCAAGAGUCACGGGACGGGCCGGCAGCGCAGCAGCUCCUGGAGCAGCGGGAGAUCGUCGUCACGAGCCCAUUCUAGAGAACACGGAUCCAGCAAGAACAAAUCGCCACACGUCCGACAGAACAACUCCAGGGAGAGAGACAGUCCUCAUCACUCGGAUGCAGAGCGAGCUCGCCGGCGCUCACGCAGCUAUUCUCCCAUCCGCAAGAGACGGAGAGACUCGCCCAGCUUUAUGGAAGCUCGCAGGAUCACCAGCGCACGAAAGCGUCCCAUUCCGUACUACCGGCCGAGCCCGUCCUCCUCCAGCUCGGCCAGCAGCUACAGCAGCUCCAGUCGCAGUCGCAGCCGCAGCCGCAGUUACUACAGCUACAGCAGUUACAGCAGCUACAGCCGCAGUCGCAGCCGCAGCCGGAGUCGCUCCAGGAGCCCGAGUCCCGCGCACAGUUACUACAGCCAAAGCAGCUACGACAGCCCCGGAUUCUGAGACACAGUGAAGGUACGGAGGGGGAAACGAAAGAAACAUCUCAGCCGUACAGGACGCCCACGUUCCCUUUCUACCGCGGGAUCUGUGCUGGAGAAACCACUAUAUAACGUGCAGAUUUAAUGCAGCGGGUAUCAGGGUUUCCGGCUGGUUACGUGACAGGAUGGUCCAUGCAUACAUGUUAGGAUGAACAAACUGAACAAAAAAUAAUAUGUUAAAGGUGAAGUGGGUAAUUGCACUGGAAAAAUGAUUUUCUUACGUAGUAUUUUUGUCUUGUUUUCCAGUACAAAUAUAUGUGACCCUGGACCACAAAACCAGUCUUAAGUAGCACAGGCAUAUUUGUAUAUGCAUUGUAUGGGUCAAAAUGAUAGAUUUUUCUUUAAUCAUUUGGAUAUUAAGUAAAGAUCAUGUUCCAUGAAGAUAUUUUGUACAUUUCCUACCGUAAAUAUAUCAAAACUUCAUUUUUGAUUAGUAAUAUGCGUUGCUAAGAACUUCAUUUGGACAACUUUAAAGGUUAUUUUCUCAAUAUUUUGAUUUUUUUGCACCCUCAGAUUGCAGAUUUUUAAAUAUAGUUGUAUCUCAGCCAAAUAUUGUCCUGUCCUAACAAACCAUACAUCAAUGGAAAAGCUUAUUUAUUCAGCUUUCAGGUGAUGCGUAAUUCUCAAUUUUUAAAAAAUUACUCUAAUGACCGGUUUUGUGGUCAUUAUUUUGACUUAACAUUAAGUCAAAAUACAAUUACUUGAAAGGGUAAAAUGAACAAAAUGCAAAAUGUUUAAUGAAAAAAAUAUCAAGAUGAAGUGAGUUUAUGCUUAAAACCAGAAAAAAAUAUUUGCUAGUGGGGUCAGAAAAUGUAAUGUAAUUUAAGGUAAAAGCUUCAUUUUGAUUCAUUUUUAAGAAAACAAGACUUAAAAUCUUAGGUCAUUUUGCUUAUCAAAUAAUUGUAAUGAAAAAUUUGAUUUGCUAAGCUUUAAAGGGGUCAUCGGAUGCCCAUUUUCCACAAGUUGAUAUGAUUCUUUAGGGUCUUAAUGAAAAGUCUAUAAUAUACUUUGGUUAAAAAUUCUCAAUGGUUUUGUAAAACGACACCCUUUUUACCUUGCCAAAAUCAGCUCUGCAAAAAUCAUCUCAUUCUGGUCGAGGCUGCUUUAAAUGCAAAUGAGCUCUGCUGGCCCCGCCCCUCUCUUCUCUCUGUGGAGUGACGAGCCUGUUUACUUUAGCCGCUUUUAGCUGCAUUUAGCCACGCUUAGCCCUAAACUUGCUAACUGGUUUGACUGUGACAGCUGAUCUGAGGUAAGACGCUCAUGUCAAUCAAUUAUGGUGGGAGCGGCCUCUGUUGGUGUGACGCCACAGUGACAGGCAUCUGAGAACGGCUCGAUUUGAAAAAGGGGAUAUUAUUUGUACAGAUUAAUUAAAAACCACUGCAUGGAUUUUUAUCAUUAUAGGGUAGAUUUGUACAUACACUGCCAACACACAUUAAUGUUCAAACAAUAUGAAAAAGUGAACUUAGCAUCCGAUGACCCCUUUAAUCAAUUUAAUUUAGGGGUGUUUAUAUAUUUAUACUGGAAAAUAAGACAAAACUACUGAUUUAAGAAAAUCUUUUUUUUGUUUAUUUGUGUUUAUUUUUUAGUGUAUCGGACUCAGACUUGACUAUAUUUAAUACUAUAUCUAAUAUAUUUAAUACUAUAUUUAAGAGAAAACAUGAUUAUUUUGUGACCUCAUUUGCUGAUUUUUUUUUUCUCAUCUUAUGAAAAAAUGAUUGAUGUUAUCAAUAAUUUGUUUAAUGUCAUUUUGCUUCAAGUAAACAUUUUUAAUUUUAGACUUUUUAGAUAUUUGUACUGGAAAACACGCAGUGUAUUUUGGGGUUUCUGUUUGGUGAUGCAGAAAUCACACACUUCACCUUUAACAGGCUUUGUUCAAUCAGAAAGUGAAAAUCAUUAGUAUUAUUUUUUUUGGUAUAUAUGACUCAAAUCCACACAGUCUAUUUUUUAUAGUUUAAACAGCAUAAAAAAUGCAUAAAAUCAGAUUUUUCUUUCUUUUUACAGUGACUUUUAAAAUAAUAAUAAUCACACUUAAGUUGGCAAAUUAUGUCGAUACUACUGAUAUUAGCCACACUGUCUGAACAAACACAUCUGAUGAGAAAUGACAUGCAGACAGUCCUGUGCAGUUUGAACAAAAUCAUUUUAGGAAAUGAAUUGGGAAAUAACUGCAAACAAUAUAUUUGACGUUACACAGUAAAAUGCAGCCAGUCUGUACAGAUUAAAAUGAGCUGCUUGUUUUACUCACCAAGAGUUGCUGACUAAACGUCAAACACUCUAAGAUGCUGACACACACACACACACACACACACACACUUUGAUGCACAGAGAUACUGAUGCUGUCAGCAUCUUUGGAUGAAAACGCAUUCAAUGUUACAAAUAGAUCCAUGUCUCUAUUUAAAGACUAAAAGGCCUGAAGAACAAAGAUGAGAUGAGCACUUUUUCCUGAAAUUCUUCCACGCUGCAAAAAUAACCAAAAACUGGGUUAACAAUGAGAGACUAAUGUGAUGGAGUCAAAACAAUCUCCAAAUCAAGAGACUUUAUUCCUACAGUGAAGAUUCAGAACAAACGAUUCGUUUUUGCAGUAGCUUAUGAUUUGGGUGAAUCUCAUAAUGAAAUGUCCAGGUCAUGUAGAAACAAGAAAUUAAAUAUUGUAUAAAUAAUUUAUCACAAUUGUGACUGUAUUUUCAUAACAAUUAAGUACAUUAACCCCCAGUAUUUAAACAAAGACUCAUGCAUUUAUUUAUUUAUUUAUCGUGUAUUUUGAGACCUUAUUGUUAUUAUUAUUAUUAUUAAUAUUUAUAACAUUUUUACAUUAUUAUUUUGGUUUAUUUUUCUUGAUAUAUAUGUAUAUAUACAAAAUAAUUGUACAAAUAAUGUAAAAAAUAAACCAAUAUAAUUGUAUAAUUAUAUAUAUAUAUAUAUAUAUAUAUAUAUAUAUGAAGAGUUUAUUUGCAAAAACAGAUAACUUUGUUUUUUUAAUCCUCAGAAAUCAUGUUUUUUAUGAUGUUAUCAUGUUUUUGUGUUUUAUUGUGUUAGUUAGCUGUAUUUUUUAACUGUAAUUUUUCUAUUUUGUUAUUUUUACUUCAAAACUGCAGUUUGAUUGAUAUGAGAUUGGAAAAUUGUUAACAAAAGAAAAUGGUUAAAAACUAAGUUAUCUGUUUUGCCAAAAAUAAAUAAAUAAAUUUAACACAAACAAACAAACAAUAUAAAUAUAUAUAUAUAUAUAUAUACACACAUACAUACAUACAUACAUAAUUUUUUUUUUAUUUGAGUUUCUGACAGUUGGGUGGUUUAAAUGUAUUUUAUUAAUUAUUAAUAAUAAUAAAUUAUUGUAAAAAUAUAUGCUUACUUUUACUUUUAUUAUGCAAAUAGAAAUUUUACAUUUUUUGUUUUGUUUUGUUUUGGGUUAAAAAAAAAUUACUGCCAGUUUUUGUGAGAUUUAUAAUAUAUAUUAGACUACUGACAAUUGGGUGGUUUAAAUGUGUAUAAUAAUAAAAAGCAGUCUUUAAUAUGCAAAGAUAAUUUUUCAUUUAUUUUAAGUUGAAAAAAGACUGAUCAUUUUUGUGAGAUUCACCCAUUUAGUAUUUAAAAAAACUCACUCUUUUUUUCUUUUUCAAAAAGUUGUAUUAUAAUGACUGUACGUCAGGAUGUUUCCGUUUGAAUAUUUACGCUGCAAGUUUUGGCUGUAAACUAUGCACUGUAUAUUCCAAGUUAUAUAGCGGAUUAUAUAAAGGCUUUGUAUGUGGAACAGCUUGGCAUGAUGCAGAGGAGAGGCUGCGUUUCUGGGUGUCAGUCCUUUUCUCUCUUUGGAAAAUCCAUAUCUGAUGCACCUAUAAUGCCAGUCCAUUUUUGGAGAUGUGAUAUUUCUUAUUCUAUACAGUAUUCCACUUCUAUUUUGGCUGUGUCUAGUGCAUAUAAAUAGAGCUCUGUGUUAUAUAGACACCAUGUACAGUUCUGAUCUGUUGUUUUUAAACUCCCGUCUCUAGUGUAGGUGCACUUUCCUGAAACCAGGCUGCAAAAAUAUACACGCACACGUCUUUUUCAGCGUAUUUGUUCGGUGACUUAUUUAUGUGAUGCUGUUUAUUUAUUAUUUGUUGCAUAUUUAUUUUGUUAUUUAUUCAUUUUCGGCUCUGAGAAGCUGUUUUUAUAAGGAGAUGCACCCUUUUGUGUUUGCAAAGUAUGUUGGAAGCACAUUUUGGAAUUGUUUGCAAUGACAAGCUUCUGUGUUCUUUAAAGUCAACGUGAAAUCAGAAUUGACAGAUGCUUCUGGUCUUAUUUUGAAUGAAUGAUCAAUGCACAUUGUUCCAAAGAAUUGUCUUCAUUAUUUUUUCUCCUCUGAAACAACUUCAAAAAUACAUUUUACCUCUCGAGUAUCUGCCAUACAGAGAAACGUCAUCAUCCAAUGAAUUCCUGAUGCUGUAAUGUUUUUUAAAAAGCUGUUGCACUCUGAAAUACGCCACAUUUCGGAAGUUUCAUGUUGACCUUAAAUGCAGAACUGAGAUGAAUUGUUGUGAAGACUGAUUGUUGUUUUAUGAGUUUGCAUUUUGCAAAUAUUUAUUAUAAUUUAUUGUACUAUUUAUUCUUUCAUUCCCUCCUUCAAACGGAGACUGAACUGGCCUUUAUCAGUGAUUUCUUCUUCUUUCUCAAUCUUCCUGUGAGUUCUGGAAAGAGCUAAUAAAGGAGCCGGAUUACAGCGAACUUUAACCUCGUGAUGCAGGAAUCGGCCUCAGUCUUCCUUUUUCAGUGUUAUUUGAUUUGCAGACACCUGUUGAUUUAAUUAUGUGAGUUAAUACGGCUCUAACUUCCCAACUGUAUAAAGUCAGUAGAUUUAGUGACCAGUCAUAAUUAAACACAUAAUAAAAGUAUCUGCAAAUGGAU